GACGUUGGGGAAAGCCCUUUCCUUGGUGCUCCCGUUUUCCGUUGUCGGUUAAGUACUUGAAUCCCUUUGCCAAAUCAUAAGAAUACAUGUGAACUGCAAUCAUCUGCUGAAGCACUCGCAAGAAAAAUAUAAUGGAGACAAGAUGAGAAGCGCAGAAAUAGAUAGGGGAAGGACAAAACAAGAACGAACUUGAGAAACUCGCUCUUGAAGACUAAGAGUUAUAUGUAAGUGCAGAUACUGCGGUAGACUUGUCUGAGAUUGGGAAGGAGCUGAGAAUCAGAAAAUGGCGAGGAAAAUGGUUUACGAUUGGAAAUCUUGGUGGAGGGCUCUUCAGAAGAACAAUUACUUUGUUAUCAAGUUGGGGGUUUCAGUUCUUUUGGUGGGUCUUGCAUUUAGGCUUCUUUAUAACAGAUCUUCCGAUAUUUCUCCAGUUCCGGGCGCCCCUUUUCUUGAAAACACUCGGAUUUCAGCACCCACUGUUGUUUCUGUUGAUUCCCAAGAGAAUAUAGAUGAGAAUCCCACUCAAGAAUAUGGCACUGAGCCCUCAGACAGUGAAGGAAAGUGUAAUCCUUUUAUUGGGGAUUGGGUUCCUUAUGAGGGAGAACCUUUUUACACGAAUGUAAGUUGCAGCAUCAUCGAAGACCACCAGAAUUGUAUGAAGAAUGGGCGACCGGACACGGAUUAUCUUUACUGGAGGUGGAAACCCCGUGGUUGUGAGUUGCCCCGAUUUGACCCCACGAGGUUUCUGGAGUUGAUGAGGAACAAAAGUUGGGCAUUCAUUGGGGAUUCAAUAUCACGAAACCAUGUCCAAUCAUUUCUCUGCAUACUCUCAACGGAUGAAAAGGCUAUUGAAGUUUACCAUGAUGAGAACUACAAAUCGCGGAGAUGGCUCUUCCCCUCGUACAACUUUACUGUUUCUGUUAUCUGGUCCCCUUUUCUUACUCAAGCUGCCAUUUUCGAAGAUAUAAACGGUGUUUCUACAUCUGAAAUCGAACUGCAUCUUGACAAACUUGACAAGAAUUGGACCGAGCAGUACAAGAGCUUGAAUUAUAUGAUCAUUGCAGCUGGUAAAUGGUUCAUUAAAACUGCAAUCUACUAUGAGAAGGAUACCAUAUUGGGUUGUCAUUACUGCCCCAAGAGGAACCUCACCGAGCUUGGUUUCAACUUUGCUUACCGUAAAGUGAUCAGGAACGUUUUUGACUACAUUAUUUCGUCGAAUCACAAGGGGAUGAUCUUUUACAGGACCACCACGCCCGAUCACUUCGAGGGUGGGGAAUGGUUCAGCGGUGGAGCUUGUAAAAGAAAGGAACCAGCAAAGGAAGGUGAAUUCGAGUUGAAUGAGCUGAACAAAAUUCUCCGGGACAUAGAGCUAGAUGAAUUUGAGAAGGCAUCAGCUAAAGCUUCAGAGAAAAGAGUAAAUCUGAAGCUUCUUGACGUGACUCCUCUCUCACUAUUGAGACCUGACGGACAUCCAGGCCCAUAUAGAUUCUUUCAACCAUUUGCCAAAGGCAAGAACGCAACGAUCAUUAAUGAUUGCCUGCAUUGGUGUCUGCCUGGCCCUAUCGAUGCUUGGAACGAUCUGCUGAUGGAAAUGGUGGUAAAUGGUUGAGAAAUAAUUCAUUUUGAACGAGGAAUUCAUUUGUCGAUUUCUUGAAGGACCUGUGCUGGUGUCUUCUCUUCAUGGGAACGAUCGGUUGACAGAAAUGGUUGAGAAAUGGAGUUCCCGAAUCUGAUGCAUUUUUUGAGGGAUUGGAAGUUGUAUUUCACAAUAUUUAGAUGUAAAUAAGAGCUACUUCACUUGUAUUCAAUAUCAGGUAAACCUGCAUUGGCUGGCGUAAUUUACAUACAUUAUUGUAAUCAGCAGAAGAGUUCAUUUUCUUGCAUUAGUUCUGUCCAAAUGUUUGAAAGAUGUAACCAAAUUAUGAUUUUUGAUAUAGUCUUUAUAUUUAUAUUCCUUGCUACGA